CCUCAAAUCGCACCACCGCCCGCCUCAGCUCGCCUUCCUUUACCGCCCUCUCGCAUCUCCGGCGAGAUAGUCGGAGAAGAGGAAACGAGGGAUGAUUCUGGGAAAUUGGGCGAGGCCUCCAAGUAGGCGGAGCGGUAGCUCGGCGGAGUUCAUUGCCCCUCAUGCUUCCUCUGCCGCCGUCGUCUUCGAUGUAGAGGCUCUCCGGUCGUCGGAUGACCAUGUGAUCGGAGGGAAAGAUAUCUCUCCGGUUUCGCCGUAUCUUCUGCCAUCGCACCACGGAGUCGACGUAUCCGGCGUCUACAUCGAGGAUCCGACCGUAGCCGCGCCGGCGCCCUUUUUGCGUGCCUGUGGGCUCUGCAGCCGCCGCCUCGGGCCUGGCCAGGAUGCCUACAUGUACAGGGGUGACAUCGCCUUCUGUAGCUCGGAGUGCCGGCAGCAGCAGAUUAGCAAAGAUGAGCAGAAGGAGAAGUGUUCUUUGAUCUCCAUGAACAACAGCCCUUCUCUGGCAAGUAAUUGCUCCAACCAAUCGGACAGCGGAGGAACAAUCCCUUCAGCCACUUGAGCAAUUCCAUCAACCUCUCCGCCUGUAAAAAAUUCUCAGAACUGAUAUCUAUCUACACAUCUAGAUUUCUACACAGGGCAGCUUAACGAUUUCCUGAAGUUAUUGAAUUUGCAUGGUUCUGUGUAUGAGAAGUUGGAUUUCAGAAACUUGUGAUUGUAAUAUAGAUGUGAAAUAGCAACCUAUAUUUCUUCA